AGACGCUCCGGAGUUAAAGUAGGCGAUGUUGCUGCUAAGAUUUGGCCUGUGGACUCUGUGGGAAGGCUGCUGAUACCGUCCAGCGGGCUUGUAGGUAUUGUCAGGCUGAAAGGUUAAGGCAGCGUCAUUAUUAUUAUUUUUUAGAUUACUUCUAGGUACACACAAAAAUGUCGUCUCCAAGUCCGGGCAAAAGGCGAAUGGAUACCGACGUGGUGAAACUCAUUGAGAGCAAACAUGAAGUCACGAUCCUGAGUGGACUCAAUGAGUUUGUGGUCAAGUUUCACGGACCGCCUGGAACACCAUAUGAAGGAGGUGUUUGGAAAGUUCGAGUGGACCUACCAGAUAAAUACCCCUUCAAAUCACCAUCAAUAGGAUUCAUGAACAAAAUCUUCCAUCCCAACAUUGAUGAAGCAUCAGGAACGGUGUGUUUAGAUGUCAUUAACCAGACAUGGACGGCUCUUUACGACCUCACCAACAUCUUUGAGUCGUUCCUCCCUCAGCUGCUCGCUUACCCCAACCCCAUCGAUCCUCUGAACGGGGACGCCGCAGCCAUGUACCUGCAUCGGCCAGACGACUAUAAACACAAAAUCAAUGAAUACAUCCAGAAAUACGCCACAGAGGAGGCUCUAAAGGAGCAGGAAGAGGGCGGGGGCGACUCGUCUUCCGAGAGCUCCAUGUCGGACUUUUCGGAGGACGAGGCUCAGGAUAUGGAGUUGUAGUGAAGGAGGAGCCGCCUUCACCCCACCAUGGAUUAAAGAGCAGAAACUCAGUGCUAUAUUCGUAUUUAAACGAGACAAUUUUUUUACGGCAACACGAGGAUUUUUAUUGCUACACGAGGUUUUGCAGUACGUUUGGGGGGGUGGGGGGAUGAAACAAACCCACGUUUAGGAAUUCAUCACCGUCAGCCAUUCCCGCUCUUUUUCAUCCAGAGACUCUGCUUAGAUCAGAACAAUGUGCUGCAUUAAUUUUGAUCUUUUCUCUGCCCGACUGAGUCGGACGCCGCAGGACCGUCUCACCCAUUUUUACUACAACCCACCUCUUUUUUUUUUUUUUUUUUUGUCCCCGUUUUCAGUCAACGUCUUUGCCUCUCUGUCAGUUCAUGAAGCCUGAGCAGCUUUUUCCCCACACUGCCCCCUCGAGGAGCUGGUCAUCACCUUCAAAAGAAUUGAAGCGCAGAAAGCCACAGUGUGUGUUCAGCGUACAGACAGGACUGCAGGCGCAUCACACACUACCUAAUCCCUUCAGCCAUGACGAGUCACACAAAUGCCACAGUGUGGUUGUGCGAUAGCCGCUGAUGCUCAGCAGAACUCAGGAGAGAGCUUCCUAAAUCCCUCUGUCGUUCA